CUUGUAAUUUUUGGUUUUGGUUUUAUCCUCAUACUUGGAUUUAACACUUACACUGGCAUUGCGAUGUAUUCACGUUAUCAUGACUGUGACCCAAUUCAGGCAGGAUUUGUUCAAAAAACUGAUAAACUAAUGCCGUACUUUGUACAAGAUAUUGUAGGCCAUUUAAAAGGUAUGCCUGGUGUAUUUAUAUCGUGUGUUUUUAGUGCUGCUCUGAGUACAAUGUCGGCCAGUUUAAAUUCCUUAUCUGGUAUAGUCUACUUUGAUUACAUCAAACCAUAUAUUAGACACACAGAGAGUCGUGCAAAUCUUAUCAUGAAAGUAUUUGUCUUCGUAACUGGAAUAUAUUGUAUACUUGGUGGAGCUGUUGUCGAGAAGUUCUCUUCCAUAUUACAAAUGGUUUAUUCUAUUGGAGGUGUUACUUUUGGUUCAGUUUUUGGUGUAUUUAUGUUGGGAAUGUUGGUGCCUAGAGCACAUGGCAGAGCUGCCUUCUGGUCUGUUGUGGCUAGUAUGUUGGCAAUGUUAGUUAUAAUUUUGGGUGCACAAGGUCGCAUACAUUACAAAACGUUACCCCUAACACUUGAUGGUUGCGAAGAAUUGAAUAAGACAAUUGCUUCAACCACCUCCACUUUACUUCACUCCACUCAACAUGGCACAAAUGCUUCAGAAGGCUUUAACAUAUUCGAUCUUUCGUUCAAUUGGUACGUAGUGGUUGGUGCUAUAAUACUUUUUGUGGUAGGCAUACCAUUGAGCUACAUAAUACCACCAGAAAAGGAUGAGAAAUUCAAUCCCAAGCUACUCUCGCCCAUCUUGCAAUACUUUAUGAAAUACGAGCUGACAAAUGUCGAAGAGAUGCCCGAGAUUUUAACAAAAACGAAUUUAAAGCAAUAGAAAUAUUUGAUAGUCACUGGAAAGUUUCAUACUCAUUGUGUUCGAAACAGAUAAGUUUAUUGUACUGUGUACAAGUCAAAGCCGUUAUUGUUACCAUAAGAAUUUUAUUGUAUGUAAAAUUUAAUUUAUCUGUGUCUUAAAAACUUCGUGU